CCAAAAUCAAAUCUUCUCCCACGGCCUAUCUUCAACCUUUCAACACAGAACGCCGCCAUCAUGGAGUCGAUUACGAGCUUCCUAGAGAACGUGCCUCAGCCUGUCCAGUUGGCUCUGGCUGGAAUUGGUGCCCUUUACUUGGGGUCCAAAUUCUUCAGCUACCUCCAGCUGGUCCUCAGCUCGUUUCUGCUCCCUGGCACCAAUCUUCGUAAAUAUGGCAAGCCUGGCACCUGGGCUGUCAUCACCGGUGCCUCCGAUGGUCUAGGCAAGGAAUAUGCCACGCAGCUCGCUGCCAAAGGCUUCAAUCUCGUGCUCGUUUCCCGAACCCAGUCGAAGCUCGAUACUCUCGCCAAGGACCUUGAACAAAAGUACACCGGCAAGGGUCUGCAGGUCAAGACGCUGGCAAUGGACUUUGCCCAGGACAACGAUGCGGACUACGAGAGACUACGAGAGCUUGUGCAGGAUCUGGACGUUGGUAUCCUGAUCAACAACGUCGGUCAGAGCCACAGCAUGCCCGUAUCCUUUUUGGAGACGCCCAAGGAGGAAUUGCAGAACAUUGUCACCAUCAACUGCCUUGGAACCUUGAAGACUACGCAGGUUGUUGCCCCCAUUCUUCAGAAGCGCAAGCGUGGCUUGAUCUUGACCAUGGGCUCUUUCGGUGGUUGGACUCCCACGCCUUACCUGGCUACCUACUCUGGUAGCAAGGCUUUCCUCCAGCAGUGGAGCAAUGCUCUGUCAUCUGAGCUUGCUGAUUACAACGUCGAUGUCUACCUGGUCCUCAGCCACCUUGUCACCACCGCCAUGAGCAAGGUUCGCCGCACCAGCUUGCUCGUGCCCAACCCCCGUGGCUUCGUCAAGUCUACACUGAGCAAAAUUGGACUUGGCGGCUACCAGACCGCGCCCAACACCUACACUCCAUGGUGGAGCCAUGCAUUCAUGCUGUGGGUGAUUGAGAAUGUCGCUGGUGUCAACAGCCCCCUCACGAUCUGGUACAACAAGAAGAUGCAUCUUGACAUUCGCCGCCGCGCUCUUCGUAAGCAGGCCCGCGAGGCAAAGAAGCAGUAACCGGCUCAAAGCCUCUAUAUUUUGAAACGGUACCGAAAAGAAGCGGAAAAGGAUAUAACAGACUUAUGGCGCGGUAUGAGACUAAUGGCAAAGGCGACUAACGAUUGGAUGAAAUAUCGUUAAUACAUUUUGUACCAUGGGUUCUCGGCCACACUAUGUAAGAUAUGAAUUUGUGAGGCUAAAGAAAAGGGAUAACAAGUACUAAGUAAUCAUAUUUGCAAUGGCAGUCUAUGGUUAGCCCUAAUAUUGUAUUUAUGAGGCGCGUGAAGCUUGUACAGGCGAAGGAGACGGGCGUGAAAGUGAUACUUAUCAAUUGACUUUACUUGGCCUAUAUGAUGGCUGAAUUCGACGUAAUAUCAAAGUGAAUAUCUAUGAAAUAGUUGGCAUAUAUAACAAGAUGAACAACAAGAGGGACUGGG